CGAAGUAAAACGUGAUAGAAACGAAGUUUUUCUUACUUUUUUGAAAAUUGCUCGAAAAAUUAGACAUAUGUGAAGAAUGGAUCAAGAACAAGCUCAAGUAUUAUUUAAAGAAGGAGCAGUAUUUGUAUUUCUAGAUGUUCCAGUAGGCACUGAGUUUGGUAUAGAUUAUAACUCAUGGAAUGUAGGACCUAAUUUUAAAGGUGUUAAGAUGAUACCACCUGGCAUCCAUUUCAUAUAUUAUAGUGCCUGUAAUAAAGAGAAAGAUUCUGCUCCUAGAACAGGAUUUUUCUAUAAUUUCAAACAGAGAGAAAUGGUUGUCAGAAAGUGGGACAAACUGACUGAAGAUAUUUCACCAGCUCCUAUAUCAGAUGAAGAAAUAGAAAGAUUUAUACAGAACAAACAAGAACUAGAUAGAUAUCUGGGUGCCUAUCCUUAUGAAAGUUAUAAGAAAUGGGUUUCACUUACAAACCAUAUCACCCCUCAACUAGUGGGUCAAAUACAACCAGAGAACGAAAAAAUCUCAGCCGUAACAGAGUUUAUUUCAGAGAGUAGCACUACACAGUCACGGAGAGAUGCCAUGGAAUUAUCAGAAUCAAAAACAGACAGCGAAGAUUCCAGGCUACCCAAGAUGGAAACUAAGCCAGAAACUGUGAUUCGGUAUUCCCAUAUACCAAAAAUGAAAUACCCCCCAGGGGCAUCACCAGCAGAUAUCACAAAAUACAGCAUGGAUUCAUCGUAUAUGCUCGAUUCUAUUUUAUCAGACCGAUUUUCUACAAAUUGGAACGGCAUACUAGGAGAACUUCAAUUUGCAUUCGUGUGUUUUAUGGUGGGACAAAAUUACGAUUCUUUUGAACAGUGGAAAUAUUUAGUCCAUUUAUUAUGUUCAUGUGAGGAAGCCAUACAAAAAUAUUCAAAUCUUUACACUCAAUUCAUCUCAAUAUUACAUUUUCAACUUCAGGAAAUUCCUGAAGAUUUUUUCGUGGAUAUUGUUUCACAAAAUAACUUUUUAACUGGAACAUUACAAGAAUUUUUCUCAAAUUUGGAAUCCAGUUCAGCUGAUGACAAAUUGAAAAGGCGUGGGUCCAAGUUCCAGGCAUAUCUAACUAAAACAUUUAAAUGGGAUUUCUCAACGGAAUCGGAUGAAUAUGCCCCUGUGGUGGUUUCUACUGAUUAAAAUGUGUU